CCGCGCAAACUCGCUACAGUCGGCUGAAAAAAAGGGGUGGAUCGAGUAGCUGUCAAUAUUUUCUCAGCUCUUAAAAGAAGGCACUUUUCUUGUUUACUAUGCCAGUGUCAUUAUGAACAGUGGUCACCCAGCUGCACUAGUCCAAUCGAAACUUUUGUAUGACCUUUGUGUCCGUCUGGGUGAAAAUGAGAAAGGUGCUUCUCCUACCCAUCUACUUGGCAUUGCAAUCAAAACGUUGGACGAUCACAAAUAUAUAUCGGAGACUGCUGUGAACGAAUUUGUUAUUGUUGAGGGUAUCAAACAAAAACUUUCACUCAUUGGAAAAGAAGAAGUUGCUACUUUCCGUGAUCUGCAUCGCAAGCUCAAAACUCAUUGUUCUAUUCUCAAGAACAAAGCAGAAAUAAUUGCUUUACUGAGUAGUUUGAGUGAUCUGACUGUUCCCUCUUCAAGAUCAGAUAAAGUAUUAAUGGAAAUGCAGAUAAACAGCCUAGCGAAUAUGGAAUCUCUGAACCUUAAUUCUAAGAGUAAAGCCUGGGAGAAAAACUGGGAAAACAACAAUGCUACUAGUAUGGUUGUAAAGAAGACCACUCCAAUUACUACAGGGACUAAACCUCAUACUUUGUCCUGCGCAAGUCCUCGUGCUGUUUGGUCUGAAACUAGUGGUCAUUUUGAUCAGCCAAAUGUCUCUGAGCAGACAAUCAUUCAAGAGCUGUUGUACAGUUUUCAAGGAAUUGAAGGGAAAGUUCUCAAACGUGAUUCUACCAGCAGUGGCUUUUAUAUUAGCCAUAAGUUUCAGCUAUCCAGGCCGCAGCGAAGAAUUGUUGAACGAUUAGCAGAAUUAGGAUGGCUUCAUAAUAAACUGGAAGCUUUCCGUGAGGCAGACAGGCAUCGCUCCGUCAGCAAAGGCCUCAUUGCACAAGCUUUAAAUACUGUUAUUUCCAGUGAACUAACUGAGUUUUACAGGAUCUUGGCUGAUCUUCAGUCUCAGCUCCAUCAACAAACCGAGAGAAGUAUUGAGUCUCCCAUGUCAGAAGGUGCUUCAAGAGGCUCUGGAGGAUCUCAGAGCUCCUUAAACCAACCAGCUUUAACACUUCUCCAAUUGGAAGUCCAUACACGCCUGCCAUUUACCCGCCUUAGGUGGUUGGUUGCUGUUUGUGAAGCAUGCCAAGAUAAAAAGGGUGGUGCUCUUGUAUCAACUGUUCAUGGGUUUCUGAGAAAUGGUGACAAGUAUGCCUGUAAUAUUGUGCACACCCUUCUUGUGGCUGUCUGCAAACCUCUGUAUGCCAUGCUUUCAAGAUGGAUAUUGGAUGGGGAACUUGAAGAUCCGUUUCAAGAAUUCUUCGUCCAAACUAACUUACAGAUUAAAAGUGAUGAUCAACUAUGGCAUGAAAAGUACAAAGUUAGAGAGUCAAUGAUCCCAUCCUUUAUAUCUAUGGCUCAGGCUCGAAAAAUUUUAGCAACUGGUAAAAGCAUUAACUUUUUACGACAAGUAUGUGAAGAUCAUUCACCUGUUAAUAGUAGAGAAAUGUUGCGGCAAGCCUUGGAAAAAAGUAGUGCUGAGGCAUUGUUUGCUUUAGAUCAGCACAGUGACCUUCAGAGCUUAAUGGACACGACAUAUCUUGAAAUUUCUCGAAGAGUACUUGAUGUUUUGAACAGCAAAUAUAAAUUUAUGGAACACAUGCAAGCACUGAGGCGGUACUUGCUACUUGGCCAGGGAGAUUUUAUACGUCAUUUAAUGGAGAUCCUGGAGCCCGAGUUGCGAAAACCUGCUUCCGAACUCAACUCUCACAACCUGUCAGGCAUAUUAGAGUCAGCUAUUCGAUCAACAAAUGCUCAGUUUGAAGAUGUUUCAAUUUUGCAACGUCUGGAUGUGCGUCUCCUUGAACAUAGCCCAGGCGACACUGGAUGGGAUAUAUUCAGCAUGGAUUAUAACAUGGAUGGUCCAAUUGGAACAGUCUUCUCUUCUUGCACUUUGUCAUAUCUUAUGCUUUUUAAUGCACUAUGGCGUGCUAAACGCAUUGAAUGGAUUUUGUCUCUGAUGUGGAAGCGCUUAACAACCUCAGCUAAAAUGUUACCAAGGAUUCCUGAGUUGUCUCCUGUGCUUCAACAAUUAUAUUUGUUGUCUGCUGAAAUGAUUCAUAUGAUUCAUCAACUUCAGUACUAUUUCUUAUUUGAAGUAAUGGAAUGUUCUUGGGACAAACUAAUUAGUAAUGUUCAGCAGGCUGAUGGCUUGGAUGAUAUAAUAAAAGCUCACAAUCAAUUUCUUGGAAGAAUCAAGGCUGGGGCAUUGGUUGAUGAUUCCUCAGAGGAACUCUCCACCCAAUUACGGACCAUAUAUGACCUGGCUCUUCAACUGCAAGCUUUGGAAGAAAAGCUCCAUGUCUGUGUUGUUCGAGAAGUACAACGCAGGGCAGAGCUAGAAAAGUAUAUUGAAGAACAUGGUACAAACAAUAACAUUGAAGGGCAAAACCAAGCUGCCAUUAAAGAAUUUGAGCAGUUCUUGUCAUCAACAAGAGUUGGUUUACGUGUUUUGGCUCAGAGCUAUCAAGAAGUUGUAAAGCGGUUUCUGCUUCUUCUUGCCAGUCAUCCUGAAAUAAGUUUGCAAUUGUUAAGUUCUAGGCUUGAUUUCAAUGAUCAUUAUAAACGUCACGACACUCGAUUGGCUGCACCGUUAACAUAUCAACACAGACGGCAAAGUGAGGUUCUCACAGCGUUUUCGUCCCCCCACUCUACAUUCCGAGCUCCCUCUGAGCCCUUGUAAAGCAACUCACAUACCACGUGGUAACUGAGUGCCAACUUUUAUUGCAUUAUUUUUCUGAUACAAUUAGGACGUGCGUAAAGAUUCCUUUUUUAGAACUGUACUUUACAUGUGCCAUCAUAAUGCCAUUUUGAAUGGUUUAUAAAUGUGUGAAAGUUUUUUUGUCCAUUUGUUUGUUUCUUCAAUGGUAUGUUUGUUUGAUUCAUUGUUUAGUAGUAACUUUCUGCUUAGAGUUAAACUAGUACUGAUCUCACCUUGAAAGUCAUGCUGCUAUUGCAAUCAUAACUAUCCACCAAGCUAAAAACUUUUAUGAAGUUUUAAACAAUGUAACAAUUUUAGCUAUUAUUUUAUAUUCUAUGUGUGAACUAUUACUUAAAUGUUUCUUCAGGGUUUUUUCUUUUUUCUUUAUCUAUCUAUCUAUCAAUUUUUUGAAAAUAGUGGUGUAAGAGCUGAAAAAGUUACUGUUAUGGCUAACUUUAAGUCUGCAUGCUAUGAGUGGAGUGGACCUUGUGAUGUUGGUAUCAUCUCUAAUUUAAAGUAGUUCUUACCCUUAAUUAUAAUUUUAUAAUCUAUUUUUAAUUUUGUAAAUACCUAACUCUGUAGAAGAAAUACAAUUGCUUACUUGAACUUACAAUUGUAAGUUGCAAGGUAACCAGGUCUUUUAGAUCUUGAUUGUUGUCUGUUGAGAACAUCUAUCUAUCCAGUGAAAUGAUUUGUUAAAAUUCUCUCUCAUGGAAGAUGAAGUGUAUAUUUAUUUGCUGCUGUUACCAGUGAUAUGUCAUCCUGCUGCACAGGCUUUCAUGCUACCAAUUAACUUAUUCAUUCUGUAAAUUUAUUUUUUGUGCUAUUUCUGCCCAGAGCUCUAGCAAAUGUUGUAUCAUCAAAUUGCAUCAUUGAUGCGGCACAAAUAAACUGUUAAACAACGUU